AUGCCGCCUCAGGCCGAACUGUCUGACGAUGAGUCGGUCGACUCUCAAGUCGAAUGGGAACUCGACGAGGGCAUUCCUCAAGUCGACGAUCCGUUCAUCCAAAAAUACAUGGCAGGUCGACAAGCCCUGAUUGAACAGGAAAAGAAGCAACGACAUGAUCGAGCAUUCAAGCAAAGCAUGUCACACAUGGCGAAGCAGGCUGCGAAGAUCAUGGCAUCCAUUCGACGGAGAGAAUUACAAACAGUCUGGACAUCAGAGUUCGAAGAUAGCCUUGCCGAUAAGAAUGGCGGCAAUCUCUACCCAGGCAUGAUGUUCACUCUGGCUCGAGAUCGUAUGGAGACGACCGACCUGUGGAAUAUCAUGGAGAAGAUGCCCAAGGGUGCUUUACUACAUGCUCAUAUGGACGCUAUGAUCGAUAUUGAUUGGUUGGUUGACCAGGCUCUGGCGGAGAAGGGCUUUUGCAUGCUUGCACCAGAAGGCCUGAGCGACAAAGGCAAACGCACCACGGGCGCCCUACAGUUCAGGUACUAUCCAGACGAAGAGAUCAAGAAGCAGAAGAACCCAGGCAGUAUCUGGAAUGCCGCAUAUAAAACGAACACUCCCAUUCCCAUUAGAGAAGCACAGCGGACGUUUCCCGAUGACGAGACGACAUUUAAGAAAUGGCUGAUCAGCAGAUGCACCGUUACCGCCGAGGAGUCGUUAUGCCAUCACCACGGCCUAGAUGCCAUAUGGAGGAAGUUCCAGAGCACGUUCCUGGUGAUUACAUGGAUGUUCACCUAUGAGCCAAUCUUCCGCCGGGCAAUACAAAGACUACUGGGCCAACUAGCCGCCGAUGGUAUCACCUAUGUGGACUUCAGAAUUGCUUUCAAGUUUGAAUUCCGACGCCAAGGGCAGACGACAGGACAAGGCGGUAAAUACGAUGAUUUCUUCAAGGUGUUCGGUGAAGAGAUUGACAAGUUCAAGCGGUCAGAAGCGGGCAAGAGCUUCGUUGGUGCACGCAUGAUAUGGACGGUCGUCCGUAGGGAGGAUAACAGGAUCCUUGCGGGUUCCAUGAAAGAGUGCAUUCGCAUGAAGAAGAAAUUCCCUCAACUAAUUUGUGGCUUCGAUUUCGUGGCACAGGAGGAUCGAGGAAGAACAUUGCAGGAUCUUACGCCGCUGGUGUUCUGGUUCAGGAAGAAGUGUGCUGAGGCAGGCGUGGAUUUGCCUUUCUUCUUCCACGCUGGAGAGUGCUUGGGUGAUGGAGACAGUACUGACAACAAUUUGUUCGAUGCGGUCCUGUUGGGCACCAGACGGAUUGGACAUGGGUAUUCGCUCUACAAGCACCCUCUGCUGAUCGACAUGGUCAAAGAAAAGAAGAUACUGGUCGAGAGCUGCCCGAUAUCGAACGAAAUCUUGCGAUUGUCCAGCUCGAUCCUAUCCCACUCCUUGCCGGCAUUGCUCUCGCGUGGUGUAGCCGUAUCGCUGAACAAUGACGAUCCUGCAAUCUUAGGCCAUGGCAGGAACGGCUUGAGCCACGACUUUUGGCAAGCAUACAUGGGGUUUGAGAAUCUUGGCUUGGAAGGAUUGGCAACCAUGGCCGAGAACUCACUGAGAUGGUGCGCCAUCGAAGAUCAAAAACCGGGGGAAUGGACCAAGGAUAUAACGGAUGGCUACCUCGGCAAGGGCACAAAGGCGAAGCUCCUCAGACAGUGGAGAGCCGAGUUCGAGAAGUGGUGCCAGUGGAUUUUGAUGGAGUAUCCAUUAGAGGCUGAGGAAGAGGAUGGAGAGGAUGAAGAUGAGGAGGAGUCCGAGGACGAUGAGGAUGAUGAAGACGACGAGGACGAAGAGGACGAUGAAUGA